AUCAUAUUCAGUAUAUAGUUGUGUCGUGUCGAGUGUGUCUCGGGAAAUAAGAGCUAAGAAAAUUAUUGAUAUUUAUUGAAUUUUUUCGAAUGACUAGUGUUGGAAAAUCUUUUUAAAAUAUUAGCGGCUUUGUUUUUGGUACAGCGUCGGUUCUGGCGUUCGCAAAUUGUUUUUCAUUGUUAGUGGCGUUUCUUUUUGACAAAUCAAAUUUACUUUGAGUAGCCAAUUGGGCAAAUUAUUAACCAGACGAAACUAAAUAACGAGGACAGUAAUGGACGACUCCCGUCGCUCGAACGCGGCCAACGAGGAAAGUAUUUCCAUGUACUUGUCCUUUGAUGCUGACGACACGCUGUCCAGUGUCAGCAAAUGGCAAUCUGCAGUGGGUAGCCACAACAGUCAAUAUAUGGAGGUGCACAGCUCCAAGAUGGAAGCCAAUUUGGACAAGACUGUAGAAGAUACGGAGAUGAAACGGGCCGUCCUCCAGGAUCUGCACCACUCCGAGCCAAACUCGCCAUUGAAACCAUUCGACUACUGCUUGUUGAACAAGCACAACGCUUUGAGCUCAACUCCCUCAAAGAAAAUCAUGGCAGCAGAGUCGCUGGCAAUGCCUGUCGAAAUGGAUAAUGCGGAGAACAAGGAGAACUCACUGCCCGAUGAGAAUCCAGGCGGUAAUAAUUCAACAAUUUCCAGCUCCUUGGAACUGACGGGUACCACCGUGAAAUUCAAUACUUUGAAGACUGAAGACUCCACCUCGGAUGAAGUCUCAAUGCAGGAGGUUGCUAAGCCGAAUAUCCUCAACACCGUUUACCCUUUAAGUGCAAAUGUGGUCCUAGAGAACAUUACCGAAGUGUCCAAUGAGGAUUCGUCGGUUCUCGCUUGUUCUCCAGAAGUUAAAGAUGUAAAAGAGACUCCCCCAGUCGCUGAUGUUGUCAACGAAGUCUCCGAGCUGCUUUCCAAGGCUCUAAAGAUAUCCAGCGCCAUGAAUCCGUCGACGAAACCAUUAACUUUCGAACCCACCAAAAAGCGAGUAUCGUUACUUCCUAAAGCUUCUGGGACCUUGCCGCGUCCACGACGCUCAAUGUUGCCAACAAGCGCUGUCGAGACGCGCACCUACUCCUUCAAACAACGCAUGUCCGUUGUAGUGAAAACUACGCUGAACAGUCCAUCCCGCAAGAUGGGCGCAGGCGGCGGGCUAUUAGUAAGCCGCCGGAGCGUUUUGCCUAUACCCAAGACCAAAUCUGGCAUUUCGCGCAUGUCCAUAUCCACCACAGGGAAAAGUUGUCCCAAAAAUGUCAUACCAGCCGCUUCGAAGGCCCCAACUCAGCCCGCAUCUGAUGCAGUCUUCAAUUGCAAGUCUUGCGGAGCCACUUUCCGUGUGAAGAGCCUGCACGAUAUGCAUGUUCGCAUGCACGACAUGGUAGAGAAUGGACCCAAGACCCUAAAGAGACUAAACGGCAAUCCGAGUGCCACUGGCGGGAGCAAGAAUCGUUGCCCGUUCUGCGACAAGAACUUCGCCCUGGAGCGUACUCUGCACAUUCAUCUGAUGCAGAACUGUGACAAAAUACCACCAGCCGAAAAGCGCAAGCUGGAGUUCACAGAACUUAAUCAUGUGAAGAAGGCGCAGCUACCUAAAAUAGCUACUGUAGGUGGCGGUGGUCCACCAGUUUUGAAUGCACACAAGGCACCACGUCUUCAAAUUACACAACCAAUUGGAAAGGCUGCCCCUAAUGGAGCCAAGGCCAUGGGACCGCCGUCCGUGAAAAAGGCGCCAAAGAACGUUGCCCAUGCUGGUGUUUACCGUACGCCCACAAAGACUGUGCCAUGCAACAUCUGCAAGCAGCCGUUCAAGAGUAUACUGGAGUACACCAACCACUGCAUGACGAUGCACUCGAAGAGUCAGACCAUGAAGGUCGCCGCUAAAGAUGAAGCACCGAGUGCUAAGGAUUAAAUCAAACAUUUUGUCUUUACUCUAGCUAAGUCUUAGUUCCAGUGUAAUUUAAUCUCCAACAACCGACGAACAAAAAUACACACUUACAUAAUCA